GAAUGCGUAAUUGGAGAUCAGCGUUUAUAAUGAUAAAGUCUCUUUUCAGAAGUCAUGAUUUGGUACUUGCUACCAAAAUAUCUCUCAUUAGAUGCUUUGUAUUUUCUACCUUAUUAUACGGAGUAGAGGCCUGGACACUUUCCAAAGCUUCCUUAAGAAAACUCGAGGCAUUAGAGAUGUGGUGUUACAAACAUAUCUUAAGAAUUUCAUGGGUAGAUCGUGUGACUCAUGUUGACUAACGUAGAAUAGGCAAGGAAUGCGAGAUUAUUAACACCAUCAAAGAGCGCAAACUAGAAUAUCUUGGCCAUAUUAUGAGGAAUGAACGGAGAUACGGCUUAUUGCAACUCAUUCUUCAGGGCAAGGUAUUUGGAAAGAGAGUACCAGGGAGAAGAAGAAUAUCUUGGUUUCAAAACUUGAGAAUGUGGUUUAAUACAUCGACAACCGGACUAUUCAGAAUAGCAGCAAGCAAAAUUAGGAUAGCCAUGUUGAUCGCCAACAUCCGGAACGGAGAG